GCACAGUGCGCACAGUACUCCCCCACCUUGAGCCCAAAAAAGAUCAUACACUCUGCUACUCUAGCUUUACAGUCCCUGUCUGUCAAGUCUCAACUUCAAAAAGACCUUCCCUUUCUCUCUUUCUCUAUCUCUCUUAUUUUGCUUCUUUAUUAAUCUUUCUUCAAUUCCCCAAAGCUCACACGCUUCUGCCAAAAACCUCACUCAAUUUACUAUCUUUUUUUUCACUCUGUUCACUUCAACUUCUACUCUCAAUUCCGGAUCCAAAUCCUGUACUGGUUCAUAUGAACACCCCUCUUUGAAAAAUGGAUCCUCCACUUGUAAAUGAGUCUUCUUUCUCUGCUGCUAACCCAUCUUCCUACAGUUUGGCUGAGAUUUGGCCCUCUCCAAUCCACGGUGCUGAAGCGGGGCUCCGAAUGGGGAAUUUGGGUCACGGGUUUGGGGAGAGUUCGGGUCACAGAGAUGGGUCGAUGGAGGAAUCAACAGUCACUGAGCAGAGUGGUGGUGGGUGUGGAAGGAAGAGAAGAGAUGUGAGCUCUGAAGAUGAGUCGUCUAAGAUUGUUUCUACUACUAGUAGUGCCAAUGACUUGAAUGAAUCCAAUAGUAAACGAACGAAAAUAUCAGGAUCUAAAAACGAAAAUGGUGGUUCAAAAGCUGAGGCUGAAACAACUUCUGUGGCUGGUAACAAGUCAGCUGAUCAAAGCAACAAACCUGCGGAGCCACCAAAAGAUUAUAUUCAUGUGAGAGCAAGACGGGGCCAAGCUACUGAUAGCCAUAGUCUAGCAGAGAGAGCUAGGAGAGAAAAAAUUAGUGAGAGGAUGAAGAUUCUCCAGGAUUUGGUCCCUGGAUGUAACAAGGUUAUUGGAAAAGCACUUGUCCUUGAUGAGAUAAUUAAUUACAUCCAGUCACUUCAGCAGCAGGUUGAGUUCCUAUCAAUGAAGUUAGAAGCCGUCAAUUCGAGGGUGAGCUUGAGUCCUACCAUUGAGGGAUUUCAUUCAAAAGAUCUUGUGGCACCACCAUUUGAUGCUGCUGGGAUGCUAUUUGGCCCGCAAGCAGCUAGGGAAUAUGCUCAUGGAUCACAACACGAAUGGCUGCAUAUGCAGUUUGUGAGGUUUCGAUAGCGCAACAUAAUGUUAUACGACCCUCAUUGGCAUUUUGGAUUAAGCGGCAAGUUGAGUUCUUCUGUUUUAUACUUACUCAAAAGAGGAAAUUUGCUAUUGGUUCCCACACUUCAGUGCAGAACAUGUUUCCUACAUGUAAGACCAUUCUAAAUUUGUAUGAUCAUAUCAUUUGUAGAUGUAUCUCAUCUUUCUAUGUAUCACCUGACUGGAUACGUGUACUCUAUUAAUCAGUUCUUAAGCAAAAUUUAUCUGAAUUCAGUUCUGGAAC